AUGAAAGAAAAGAUAAGAAGAAAAAUAGCUUAUCUGAAUCUUAAAACUUCUGAUGAAGCACUACUGAAAAGACUUUUAUCAAUAUACUUGGAUGGUACUCUUAUAAUAAAUUCAAUGCUGAAACUCUGA